ACCACACGGACAGGUCACGUACAGGACGUGAGCAUUAGUGUUAGUGAGCCGUUAAGCGUUUGGAAGCGUAGUUGUACGGAAAAAGUGGAUCUUGCGUCGAACGAAAUACAAAUUGAGUAUAUGGAAGACAUCGAAAAUGUUGAAAAUAUCGAUGACGUUGAAGACAGCAACAUGGACUUAAUUAAUAAUGCGAACGUAAAGAGGUAUAUUCGUGAUAGACAAAUCCAUUUGAAUAUUACGAUGGAUUGGAAUUUAAAAGACGGUACCGAUUCACUAACGAAUCGGUAUUACAUGGUAUUUCACUGAAAAUCCUUGACGAAUUGAAGAAAUUCAAUAACCGUGGUCUGCCAAUUCCGCCACAGUUGCAAUUGUUCCUGUUUUUGCGAUAUUAUGCAAGUGCAAGUUUUCAGGUAAUUUAUAUUCGAUCCUCGGACAUCUCGCAGCCCACGAUUUCCCGAAUAGUCACGCGUGUCAACAAGGAUGAACAAUAUGGAUGAAGUCUUUAGAAAUCGAAAAAGAUACUUCUCACUGAAUGUGCAAGUAUGUUUUCAUACAUGUUUUUAGUACAACAUUAUGGUUGAGCAAUUAUAUGAUUGCAUUCUUCAAUUAUAAACCUUAUUACGGGCGGUUGUUGGGCCCAGAAUGGCCAGGCAGUGCGAACUAUUGCCGGAUAUUCCAGAACUCUCGUCUCUCUGUGGAGACGAAAUUGGAUGUGAUGCUGGUUGGUGACAGGGGAUAUCCCUGUUUGCCAUUCUUAUUGACCCCGUUCGCAGAUGCCAGAACAGAUGAAGGAAUAGCCUUAGUAUCUUAUAUAAUAAUACCCAUGCUAGAACGAGUUACAUUGUUGAACGUACCUUUGGCGUUUGAAAACGAAGGCUUGUCUCAGGCUAGUCGAAGGGUAGUGACCAGUGCGAAAUAUGCACCGUGCUGUACAACAUGUCACUCAUAUGCAGGGUCAUGUUGCCAGAAAGAAACGAGGACGAAGAAACAAACGGACAACUUGAAGUGCCAGUAUGGAAUAUUCAAAGUCUUCAACCUUCGAGCGGCUUAGCUGCUCGAGAGGCGUUAAUUGAACAUUU